AAACGCUUAAAUACCGUAACAUCGCUAAAGUCGACUCACGUUUCUUAUAUACCAUUUAAGCAUAAAUCGAUUAUUAAAUUAUUCAAGUUUGAAAAUCUAUUAAUCGAUUCUCAAUAGUAGUCUAAUCGAGUUUAAAAAAAUAAUAAUUAUUUAUUAUUUAAAACUCGACCAAACUAUAAUAAAAACGUUUAAAAAUUAAUCUAUUAUAUUUAAAUACAUCAAUUGCUAAAUGAAAUUGUAUAAUAUACUAAUGAAAAUGGAAAGACUUUCGUAAGGUUGCGUAACAUGUGACUACUCGAUAUCAAAACCGAAACCAAGCUGGAAUUAAUUCGUCUUUCGUCCGACAGAUGGCAGGAUAAUGAAAUGUAUUGAAAACAAUAGUUCACCUGUUACAGUUUUGUUAUCGGAAUGAAUGAGAACGGAAGCGAAAAUAUGACUGCAGGUGAGUCAAAGUUGAAAAUCGUAAAUCAGCCGAUAAACCGAAUAAGAUUCCGUUAUGGAACGGAGUGUGACUCGCACGGCGUUUUGAAAGGAAGAAAUUCUCACGGAAAUUCAAAAUCUUAUCCGACGGUCCACUUGGAAAAUUAUUUCGGUAAUGAAAACGUACAUAUUAAAGCGUCAUUGUAUACAAAUACCGAUCCGGCUAAACGCCAUGUUCAUAGAUUAAUAGGUCCUAACUGUAAAGACGGUGUGUGUACUUUAAUAUUAGACGAAAACAAAACGGCAGUCUUUCAAAAUAUCAGCAUAGAAUGCAUUGGAAAAAGAAGAGUGAAAGAUGUCAUUUAUGAACGGAAUUUGAAAGAAAUGGCAUUGGAUGUUGAACAAAUAAGAGAAAUUUCAAAGGAAGAAAGUAAAACGAUGGUUUCGCAAUUACAUGUGGUGAGAAUUUGUUUCCAGGCCGGAAUCGUAGAAGACGAAAAACCGGGUAAACCGUGGAGGCUCGUUUCUGAAGUUUACUCUGAUCCGAUAAUAAAUACUAAAGCGCCGGAUAGUAGCGAAUUAAAAAUUGUGAAAGUAAAUAAAAAUUCCGGAUCCUGUGCGGGAGGUGAUGUAAUUUUUCUACUGUGUGAAAAAGUUAAUAAAAGUGAUAUUAAAAUAAAAUUUUUUCAAGAAAUCGACGGGGAACGUGUAUGGGAAGAAGAAGGUUGCUUUACUGCUACGGAUGUUCAUCGUCAAUAUGCGAUUGUAUUCCGUACUCCGAGUUAUCGAUCGUCAGAUAUUGGUUAUCCCGUAGAAGUGAAAAUGGAAUUGUUUAGACCAUCGGACGGUGAGACCAGUGAGCCGAAGUUAUUUAUAUAUGAACCUUUACAGCAAAAUAAAAGAAAAAUCCCAGAUAUCCAAACUGCAAAGGUUUCAAACACAUUCAAUACAAUUUAUGAAGAAGAUAACAGAAAUAAUAAUUUUGAAGGAGAAACUGCUGAAAUAUCAUUAACUGCUGGCACCUGUAAAACAAAUGAAACUACAAAAGAAGAAACAUAUGUUAAAUCUCUACAUGAUGCAGAAGAAACUACACUACAAGAAGUUGAAGAGGAUAAUGAUGUCAGAAGUAUUUUAUCAAAUACUAAUUUUCAACUAAAUAAUGAAAAUACGAGACAAGAAUUGCCCAAUGUAUUAAAAGAAAAUUCGGCAGAUCCAUUUUUAGGUAUGAUUUGGGACGAAAGCGCAGAUGUUUGUAAUGUUCCAACCUGUUCAAAAUAUUUAAGUGAUGACAACGAUUUGUCCAGAUAUAAUGAAGAAUUAUUGCCAGAUUCAAUACAUAAUAGAAUAUUAAAAAUUAAUAUCAAAGAAACUUCACCAGAACAUAAUUAUUCUAAUUCGUUACACAAGGAAUGCUUUCAAGAGGAACUUUUCUUAAAAUUUGCUUUAAGGAUAUUAAAAGUACGCCAAUCUUUUUUAAUAACAAGAAAUAUUUAUCAUCUUUUUUCAGUAAUGCAUUCAAUAAUGAAAUUUUCAAAUAAUAAAGGAAAUAAUAUUCUUCAUUUGGCAAUAAUUAAUCAAACUAAAUAUCCAGAACUAUUAAACUGCUUAUUAAAACUUAUUAAAACAUUACCCAAGAUUUGUGUUAACAGUGUUAAUAGCUUUGAUCAGACCAUAUUGCAUUUAGCAAUUGAAAAUAAUGAAUUUUCAUUUAUUCAUAAAAUUCUGGAAGCUGGAUGUAAUCCAAAUCACAGGGAUAAAAAAGGAAAUACUGCUGUGCAUUAUACUGUGUUGUAUAAUGAAUCUAACUGUUUAAAAGAACUUAUAAAGUUUCAAAGUAAAUACAAUGUGGAUCUUAAUGUAUUGAACUCAGAAGGACUGUCUCCUCUUCAUUUAGCAAUGAAGAAUGGUAAUCUUAGACAAGUUGAAAUAUUGUGUACUGGAAACAUUAAUGUUAACAUUACUGACAGUGUAAAUGGAAAGACAGCAUUGCAUUAUGCUGUUCAGUUUUGUCCCGAAGCCAUUAAAGUUUUGCUAAAUCAUGCUAAAAUAAUUGUUCAUAUUAAAGAUUCUAAUGGGAAUACUCCAUUUCAUCUUGCACAUUAUCAUCAAUCACAUCUAGCACUAUCGCUAUUAAACAAACAAAAUAAAAUGCAGUUGAUAAAAAAUGUUGGAUUUGAAUCAUCUACAUUUUCUGCAGAUGAUGAAAAUACAACCAAAUUCAUUAAUAAGUUUAGGAAAAAUUUUAAUCCCAAAAAUAAUGAAUCUGCAUGUAACAAGAAUGCAUGGAUCGACUAUGACUUCGAAAACCGACAGAUUGCAUUUUUAGAGAAUUCCGUUUUUGAAAAAAUAUGUCAAUUAUUAGAUCCUCCAAAAGAAGGAUGGAAAAUUUUAGCAGAAUUCAUAAUAGAUAAAAAGUAUAUUGAAACUUUAGGAAAAUAUGAAAGUCCCACCAAAAAUUUAUUAAAACUAUUCAAAGGAAAUCUUCAAGAAUUUAGAACUAUCAUUCAUCUUGCUAAUUUGGAUGAAAUUAUGGAAAUUUUAAAAUAAGUUAUAUUGGGAUAAUAAUGUUUUUAUUAUAUGUCUACUGAUUAGCUUCUUAUCCCCCUUUUUUUUAAUAAUUAGUUCUCAUACACUGUUAUAUUCCAGUUAUUUUAGGGAUUAUCACACAAAAA